UCAGACUGGAUUUAGGCAGAGGAAGAGAAACAGUCUGUUUACGCCGGAUUUGCUUUUGAUCCGUCCUCGGAUCCUCCGCUUCUAAUAUAUUCAUCGUUUCUUAUUGCGAUCUGAUUUCCGGUAACCAUUUUCGUUGGAAGCGCUCUCUGUCAAAGGGCACUUUACUUGGGAAUGUUAUUACAGUAUUUGAGCGGUGACCGUGAUUGCAGGGAAGUGAUUUUUUAUCAACCUUUUUGACUUAUUUUAUCGCUUGCGGUUAUAUACCCAUCAUUUUCACCUAUAGUUUUUGUAACGAAGAGGGAACAAUGUCUGAAAAGAAUAUCGAGGAUCAUUGUGAGAAAUCUGAGGAAGAAAUACAAUGUCCAAAUGAGAAAGAGAAGAAUCCUAUGCCUUCACAGCAGCAAGAGGAGGAGAUCAUCAAGAAGAAGUACGGAGGAAUUGUGCCAAAGAAGCCUCCUUUGAUAUCAAAAGACCAUGAACGUGCCUUCUUCGAUUCUGCUGAUUGGGCAUUAGGGAAGCAAGGAGGAGCUCAAAAACCUAAAGGACCACUUGAAGCACUCAGGCCAAAGUUGCAGCCAAAUCCACAGCAGCAAGUCCGUUCAAGGCGCUCUGCUUAUGCUCCUUCCGAUGGUGGUGAAGGGAAUGAAGGCAAUAUCGACCUUGCUGCAGAGGAUCGACAAUCCACAAUAGAAAGUGGCUGCAAUGACCACGUUUCUGAGGUUAAAGUGUGCAAGGAAUAGCUAUCUGGACGAAACAACUUGAUCCUCUUAGACCGAGCUGCAUUCUGAAGUCCUUGAAUGAUAUCGGCCAAUAAGUGAAACAUGCUGAGUUUUAAGCUUCACUUGUUAUGAUUGAUCAUGCAAUGUGGGACGAUGUAAUGCUUUCUAUGCUUUAAAGGUUAUGAAUUCAAUCCUUAUAUUGCAUUCGAGAAUUAUUUAGUCUUU